UCAAAUUUAUCGCUCUACUCAAUUAAUUCUCCCUUGCAAAGGCAAAGAACCGGCGAUUCAAUUUCAAAUUUGGAUCCGAUUGAACAACUAAGACUAGAGCAUUACAACCUAGAUUACCCCAUUAACGAUGACUUGUUAUACAACUAUCAAUUUACCGACAGAAACUCAAGAUUUUUCUCAAGAUUAAAAAAAAGAAAUCUAAACCUACCAAAAUUAUUACCUUACAAAACUGAAAAUUUCUUGGAUCAAGCUAAAUAUUUAUCUCAUAUAGUUACCCAUCUUUACAUUGCCAUAAAUUCUUUGGAUCUUCAAGGUGUUAUCUCAAUUUCUUCAAAUGACUUGAAUUUUAAUGCUUAUAAAAACAACGAUCAAUAUCUUUCCGACAAUGAAGCCACCAACAACGAAUCAAAUAACAAUCAAAAUCUAUUUGAAAUCAACGAUCACUCUAAUUCUGAUUCCGACUCUGAUUCUGAUUCUGACGAUGAUGAUGACGAUGUUGACAAUUUAGAGACUCUAUCUUCUUCUUCGGCUUUUACUAACUCAAAAAAGUCCUCUGCUGUUGUAAACGUUCGUCACUGGACCUCGGAAUUGAAAACUUGGAUCAAAAUGAAGAAUAAUAUGCCUAUUUCUUUAAAGAUUGAUCUUAUUAAAGUUUAUUACUACUUAUCUUUGGCAAGGGGCCAGCCAAUUGCUUUGUCCGCCUAUGUUGAUAUGUUCGUUUUAUUAAUCAAGUCUGAUAUCUACAUUUUGAAACAAUUUGGCUUAAGACUAGAUUACUUGCCACUUUAUAAAGAAUUUGAAAACAUUUUUCCUCAUCCGGAUGCUUCUUUUGAUACUUUGAAUAAAUCAACUCACAAACAUCUAAUGAGAUUAGCCUUGUAUGCAAAUUAUUUUUUUGACGAUUCUCCUGAUACUUUGUUGCAAAUAUUUCAAAAGUGUCUCAGCAAAUAUUCAAUUCCAACUGCCUCUUUAUCUCUAAGUACUUUAUACUCAUUGCUACCUUGCUCUAGCAUUCACAUUUUAAAAUUUUAUCCUUCUUUUUUUCACAUUUGGCAAAGCGCUUUGAAAAUCAAAAAUGUUGAUUCUCACAUUACAAGCUUGCUAGCAAGAUCCACUGAAUUUUUAUUGAUUGAAAGCAGUAUCAAUACUAGGUUGGAAAAUUUGCAUCCUGCCACCUUUGGUAAAUUUGGUUAUUUUACUCUUGAUCAAUUCGAUACGCUUUUCACCAAUUUAUUAAACUCCCUUAAAAUCUCCACUAAUAAAUUUGGUUCAACAUCUUCUUCUUCCUUUUAUACAGGUUUUUCAACCAUGAUUGUUUUUUCAAUUAAUGGCUCUAGAUCUUUAGAAGACGAUGGCUUGCUUGAUAAAUUAAGUAACAUUAUUGAUAUAAUUGAGACUUAUUUACAUCCCUCAAAUACCGGCGAAUGGUCCUCUAAUAUAACUCAAUUUCUAACUUCGCUAAUUACUCAGUAUCUUAGAAGAUUUAAUCUUGAAUCUUUUGGCUCCCUAUCUUCUCUACCUUCAGAGAAUAAACUCAAUGACCAAAUAACCAAACGUUUUAUAAACAUUCUUUUACCAAAAAUUUUAGUUGGAAUUCAAUCAAAAUUGGAUGUAAUUGCUAGACUCUACAUUGCAAGUUUGAGUGCCUUAUGUUAUUUAAAUUCAGAGUUGGUGUUAAGUUCGGUUUUGCUUGAUUUUUAUGAAUCUUUGACUAGUGAUUCGACUCCCAACCAUAGACUAAUGGCCGUUAUUAGACAGUUUACAUUUUUAGGCAGAUAUUUUGUUUCAACUAAAGUAUUCCGAAUUCAUGUUGUUAAGUUACUUUCUCUAACUAUUCCUGCAAUUGAUUCGAAUGAUUUAAAUAAGACCCUUUGCUGCUUGAUGCUAAUUUUAACUUUAGCUUCAUUCACACCAUUUGCUGAUCUAACAAAAUCCUCCAAAACUCAUGAUAAUGAAUUUAUUGAUCCUAAUUUAGCAGACGAUGUAAUUCAAAACCAUUUAAUGUUUCUUCAAAGUAAGUUUGGAGGGUUAGAUGACAUACAGUUUGAUGGAAUGAAAAAUCAAGACUAUUUCACACUCGACGAUGAACUCGAAAAAAAAGCUUUAAUGUCGUCCACAUUAGGGUUCGAAAAUUUAUUAAAUCAAAUUAUCUACAAAUUAUUUCCCUUGGUUGAAAACUUGCCAGAACCCUCCCGCAAGGAAGCAAAUUCUGAAAACAAUAUUCAAAAGGUUUUAACAAGAACUGUUGCUGUUUUAUUUGAAUCUUUAUCUGAUGAACUUUUUGAAAAGUUUAGUGACCAAUUUUUGCUGUUUAUUCGAAAAAACGUUUAUUACAAUGCUAAUGAACUUGUUUCUAACAUUUCUGGGCUAAUUGUCAAAAGAGAUUGCAAAAAGCAGUUUCCUAAAUUUAUGCUGUUUUUAUUACCCAGAAUCUAUGAAGAUAUAUCUGAGAAUGGUGCAGGAAUCUCAAGAAGUGGAAUUGAUGUUCUUCCUAGAGAUCAACCGCUCUUUUGCUAUUUAGCCAUUUUAAAUAGUUGCGCUCUUCACUCAUAUGAUGCAAUUUUUGAAUUUCAAGAUGAUAUAAUACAUCUUUCGUCAAUGCUUUUUCACAAAUUAAAAGGUCCUGCUGUUUAUGUAUCAUCCUAUUUUGUUCAUGAAGUUUUAGAUUCUUUGACUACAAUUAGAUUAAAGGAAACAAGAUUGAUAAAUCCUAUCUAUGCAUUCCAUAAGGGUGUUGAUGAAACAUGCUGGGGUGGCUUUCAGUUUGAUGAAUCUCGGUUUUCAAAAGAAAACUUAUCAUUUGAUUGGUACAUACCAAGCAGAAGAGAAACUGAAUUUGCAAUUAGAUUUUUUACUCUUCAUGUUGAUGAAUGCUUAAAUUCUAUGAAUGAAUUGAUUAGAAACUCAACUGAAAUCAAUUCACUGGAUGUUUUAUCGUUUACUGACGAAUUCCGUAAAUGUUUAUCAUAUUUGAGUCAUGCCUUAUCCGGUAUUUCUGGUUUAUUGGAUCCUAACUUUGAUGAGAAAAUGUUAGCUAACAAUAAUAGCUCUACCAAUUUAAUUGGCAGUAAAUUAGCUACAAUUAGUAGAAUCAGAAAAGACUAUAGCGCAACUCCUAAUAUCUUUGAAGAUCAGCAACCGAAUUCUUCUGGUAUUUUAGUUUCAAGCGAAGAGAAUAAAGAAGAGGACAAAAAUCAAAAUGACAUAACUGAUGAUAGCAUUCUUGAGCAAAAUCCUCCUAACAAGCAAGACGAUGAUUCAAUGACAGAAGAGUUAGCUUCUCUUGAAGGGCUCAACAUUGAAUCUGUGAGGAUGUCUCCUUCCAUUUCAACUUCAAGUACUUAUAAUAUUCCCUCCGAUUUUUCAACAAAUAAUAUGCUAGGCCCCUCGGGUUCUGGUUUUGAUGAUGGCUCAAUGACCCCAUUGGCAAACCCUUCUCUUACUUUAAGAGAACAAAAGUUAUACAAUUGCAAUUACUUUUUCGGAGAUGAUAAUUAUACUAAAUAUUAUGAUGAUCUAUAUGUCAAAAUUAAUCAAUUGCAUAAAAAGAUUGGAAUGAAGCUACAUGAUUAUUUUGAAUUUUUGGUGAAAAAUAAUUCUAAUGAUGUGAAGCUUAUCAAUAUGUUUUUAUAUUGCUUGAAUAUUUGGUUUUGUGAUGUUGGUUUUGAAUCUUCAUUAAAAGAUAUGGAUGAAAGCAAAAUUGGCUAUAAGUUUAUGAGCGAUAUUCAAGGUAUUUACAAGGUCAGAAAGCCUUUUACUAGAAUUACUUUGGGGUCAAGAAUAAUGAAGUACCAUCGCCAAAGGUGUUCAUUGCAUGCUAAUAGUCGAUUCCAAACACUGGCAGAUUCUUUAUUAUUAGAAGAUUUGUUGAAUUUAUCUACCUCUGUUUAUUCCGAAAUAUCUCAUUCUGCUCAAAAUGUUUUAGUAGAUGCCAUGAAAAAAGUUCUGGGAUCUUACAAAGUAUUGGAAAAAUAUUUAUUUUCUACCAGAGAUCAAUCAAACAACAUAAAACCAUGCUUUGUGAAAACUUUAGACUCAAAAAACUACAAAACAAUCAAGAAUUUAUUGCAUCUUUUCCAAUUUAAAAGAAUUAAAAACAAUGUGUUUUCUGAUUAUAAAAAUAUUUCAACAUUUGUUGAGUUUUUAAUUAACUGUUUGUUGUAUGAUGAUACCACUAUAAAUGACUUAGCUUUUAGUAUUUAUAAAGAUUUUAUUGGUUCUCUCAAAGUCCCAAGUUCUGUUUGUCUUAUCGAUCUAAAGAAGAUUGAUUGCAUCAAGCCACCAGACGAUUUUGCGCAGCAUGAUAUUAAAGCUGUUAAAUGUGCCAAAGAUAGAAAAAGAAAAUUCUACUUAGAUCAACUUAAAGGAUUACAGAAACAAAUAUUAGAACUAGAGAAAAGCAAAAAAAACCACUGGAAGUUAUCACUUUUAAAUUUAACUUUAUUGAUAAAUUUGCAGAAUGAUAUUGAUAUUGAUUUAAAUAUGGAUGUUUUUAGCUUAUUGGUGGAAAGAACAAUUGAUAAACAUCCCGUAAUAUCUGGAAGGUGCAUUAGUGGUUUAACCAAGUUGUUUGAUAAAAUCAACACUUUAUCAAUGAAUGAAUAUGUUGUUUCAAAUAGAUUCGACUUGAAUUUUUUGCCAAAGGAGUUCAUGGUAGUAGAUACCAAUUCAAAUCGUUCCAAAAUCUCCUAUACUCAACCAUUUUUGAACGAAAUGAAAAAUAUUGACAAUCCUAGUUAUUUCAUUGACAAUAAAGCGUACAUUGGGUGGUUGUUUUGGGACUCAAAUCUUACAGUUGUAAAUCCUCAGAAUUUCAUUGGCAUUAAAUUAAAAAAACAUGAAGCAGAAAUAUGCAAAAACCUCAAUUUAUUGAUUACGAAAGAGUGGUUUCAACACUUGGUCCAUCUAAUUAUACAAAACAAUUAUAUCAAGUCAAGUUUUCAAGUGUCUCAUGUUUAUUUGAUUGUUAUAAUUGUUCAUUUAAUUUCCAACAAUUAUCUAUCACGUAUCUCUUAUCAGGAUUUGCUAGAAACUUUGGAAAAAACUUAUGAAAAAGAUGAAAAGAGCACACAUAUUGUGGUCUGCGAAUUUAUCUGUGGUCUACUAUUAUCAACAAAAUACACAUUGGAAGAAUAUAUUCCGGAGCGUGAUAAAGCCAUUAAAUCAAUGUUGAAAAUGAUUUUAGAAAAUGAUUUAAAUCCUGAAAACAGCACUGUUUGGAAAAUAUUUUCCUGGUGGAUUCCUUCUCAUGCUGACACUCGGAGAUUCUAUCCCGUUAUUCGUCAAUUAAUUGAAUUUGAACUUGACAAGAAUUCUAAUUCUGCAGUUAUUCAAUCAAUCAGAUUGAAGUACCUCAAAUCAUUUUUAACAGUUGUCACCUGGAAGUAUCUAGAUAAAGAGAAUUUAUUGGAUUUAUUAUUGAAAAAUGCUUCAUUCCCAUAUGAGGCUGUUAGAAAAGAAAUUGGUGGAUUGCUUUAUGUUACUGUUUUUUCGUUUCUUAACGAAUCAUUUACUGAUGCGUUAUCUUUCAUUGAAUCAAACCAGGUAGAUUCUCUUGGUACCGUUCCCUAUGUUAUGCCUAAACAUGUUUUUGCUAAGCUUUGUAAUAAAUUUGAUGAAAUCGAAUUAUUGUACUCUAAGAUUUCACCAGAUGCAAAUGUUAUGGUAAUAAUGAAUUCAGAUUACGUACAUGCUUCUAAAACAAUGUUAUCAUGGUUAAAUCAAAUGCUUAGGUCAUGUUCUUGUCUUUCGAUUAUCGGUUUGAUCCCAAGUCAUAUAUUUCCAUUCUUGUUUAAGUUGGCAACAAUGAAAGAUGUUUGCAAAUUGGGUAAUAUCAAUUUGACACCAUCAAUACAAGGUAUAGCUCAGAUUCCAUAUACAAAAGGCCAAUUACAACCAAUUGUUGAUAUGAUUGUCAAAUUUGGUAAAGUCUAUGCUAACAGCUGGCAUGAAUUACUUCGUUUAAUUGUGUUUGUUGAGGUGUUUUACUUCAAGCAAAGUCUAAACCUAUCUGUUGAAGAUCGAAGAACAUUAUUUGAAUAUAUUCAAAGUUUACUUUUUAACUCAAAUUUAGAGGUGAGAGAACUCUCAAGUAGCACACUAUCAGGGAUGAUUCAUGUUGCUCCUCAGGUUCAAAGAGAACUUUUAAUUAAAGAGUGUAUUGAAAAAUUUGGCGCUAUAUUAACUAAUAAAAAAAAAAAGAAUAAACUUCCAAAUGGAGCUACUAUUAAAUUUCAUGGAGCUGUUCUAGGCCUUGGUUCGUUGGUGGCAGCUUAUCCAUACGUCUCACCGCCUCCGAAAUGGAUUCCUGAUGUGGUCAGUAUUUUAUCUAAUAAAACCUCUGGUUAUUCAGGUUUGGUGGACAAAACCGCUAAAGAGAUAUUGAGUAAUUUCAAGAAAACUAGACAAGACACUUGGAAGGUGGAUAGUAGGAUUUUUUCUGAGGAACAGUUGGAAGACCUUGAAGGUGUAUUAUGGAAAAGCUAUUUUAUUUAA